AUGGGUUCGAUUAGUAAUCUGUUUGUCUGUACUGUUCUGUCAAUUACUUUUAUCUGUCAAUCAUCAUACUCUCAAGCGCCAUGUCCAGUUGAAGAAGAUCCAAUACAAUUAGCUGAAUGUGCUCAACUCGAUGUUCAAGCGAUUAUACAAGGAGCCCGAGGCAAUUUGAAACUAUUUUGUAAUCUCGCUGAACGGUACAUGGAAUGUUUUAAAACUAAAACAAGAAAUUGUAUUGGUGGAUGGGCCGCAGAAGGUGGUUUAACUGAAUUACAAAAUUUGGCUCAGUGGUGCUGUGUUAAUCCAGGUGUCCAGGAACCAGAUGAAUGUCCACUUCGUCGAAAUCCAAAAUGUUUCUCAACUGAUGAUUACGUUUCCAUGGCGAACGGUGAAACAAAAGUUUUGCGCGAUCUUCGUCCGGGUGAUCGUGUCUUAGUAAUGAAUUCUGAACAGAAAGUUGUCGAAGACGAAGUUCUUAUGAUGCUCGAUAGUCAACCAAAACGACCUGCUUUAUUUCAUUCAAUUGAAACUGUCUCUGGGCAUCGGAUUAGUUUGACAGGAAAUCAUUUCCUUGCUGUUGGUCACAAUGAUCGUUUCGUGCCAGCAAAUAAAAUCCAACCUAACGACAUCGUUUUCAUUCAUCAACAAGGACAACUUCAACAAGUAACUGUUCGGAACAUCACCGAAGAAUACAAAGUCGGAUAUGUCACACCAAUGACUAAUCACGGUACAUUGAUUGUAAAUGGUAUAGCCGCUUCGUGUUAUUCCAGUGUCAUCAGUCAUGACUUAGCUCAUUAUGUCUUGGCACCGCUUCGUUGGUGGUACCAUUUAGCAAAAUUCUUCUCGGUCGAACAACCAUUUGAAUACUCGGCUGAGAAUGGUAUUCAUUGGAUACCUAUGGCAAUGCUACAGCUUACAGAGAAAUAUUUACCAAAUGUUUUAACAAUACAUAGCCUGUAA